GGUUUCUCGGAACUACUGCUACAGCAUUUUGUUUUCGGCGGAGUAGUAAUUUAGUGGGACCAGUUCACCUCAUACAUGGUGCAGGCUUUUAGUUGUCUACCCCGCUGUCAUUUGAUUUAGGUGCUACAACCUGGUGAAAAAAGCUGUCCUGAAGAGUAGUUCCUCUAGACCUGGAGGGAAUGUUACUGUCCUCUGCACUCCGUGGGUGCUGUGUAAAGCACUACAUACAGCAAGCAUUUUGUAAUGCACAGAAAUGUGUUAAAAACCUGAAUGUCAGAGGACUAGCAUCCUCCAGCAGUCAGCUGUUUGUCAGAAGAACCCCUCAGCGCUUUGUAAACCAGACACGAGGGGCUAAAACCCACAAGCAGAGGCAGCAGGAGGAAUGGAAGCAAAAAAACAAAACCAUCUUGACGUAUAUUGCAGCAGCUGGGGUUGGAAUGAUCGGCAUGUCAUAUGCUGCUGUGCCACUCUAUAGACUAUACUGCCAGGCAUCUGGACUGGGAGGCACAGCAACGGCGGGACAUGAUUCAGAUUCAGUGGAGACAAUGCAGCCGGUUAAGGACCGCAUUAUUAAAGUCACCUUCAAUGCCGACACACACGCCAGCCUCCAGUGGAAAUUUCGUCCUCAGCAGUCAGAGAUUUAUAUUGUGCCAGGAGAGACUGCACUGGCAUUUUACACAGCCCAGAAUCCCACAGAUAAACCUGUGAUAGGAAUCUCUACGUACAAUGUUGUGCCAUUUGAAGCUGGCCAGUACUUUAACAAGAUUCAGUGCUUCUGCUUUGAGGAACAGAGGUUAAACCCUCAUGAAGAGGUGGACAUGCCUGUUUUCUUUUACAUUGACCCAGAGUUUGAUGAAGAUCCCAGGAUGGCUCGAGUUGACACAAUUACACUUUCUUAUACAUUUUUCGAAGCCAAAGAAGGACAGACGUUACCACUUCCUGGCUACAGUUAAACCAGCAGCACAUCCUAUAUUUUUCAGAGACUUAACAUUUCUAAUAAACCAUGAAGAGAGUGGUAUUUAUGGAAUGAUGCGUUGCUAAAGCCUUAUUUUAAUGAUUUUGUCUGUAUUUUAACAGCGUUUAGGUGGAAGGUAAUGCACUAUGACCAUGUUAUAAUGCUCCAUGUGAAAGAGCACUGUAUCUGACCACUGACCACUCUGUUAUGAUGAUGACUUCUCCAGUGCAAUAAAUCAACAGAGGACUGAA